AUGGAGUGCGAGAACGUGCACGUCGCCGACGGCUUGUGCGUGGCGCAGCCGGCGCGGGCUGACCCACUGAACUGGGGGAAGGCGGCGGAGGAGCUCUCGGGGAGCCAUUUGGACGCGGUUAAGCGCAUGGUCGAGGAGUACCGUAGGCCCGUGGUGACCAUGGAGGGCGCCAGCCUCACCAUCGGCAUGGUCGCGGCGGUGGCUGCCGGCGCCGUGACCAGGGUGGAGCUCGACGACUCCGCCCGCGGCCGCGUCAAGGAGAGCAGCGACUGGGUCAUGAACAGCAUGGCGAACGGCACCGACAGCUACUACGGUGACGCCACCUCCCACCGGACGACCAAGGAUGUCAGCGCUCUCCAGAAGGAGCUCGUCAGGUGCUUUAACGCGGGAGCCUUCGGCACCGGCAAAGACGGCCACGUUUUGCCUGCUGCGGCGACGAGAGCGGCGAUGCUCGUCCGUGUCAACACCUUGCUCCAGGGAUAUUCUGGCGUGCGCUUCGAGAUCCUCGAGACGAUCGUCACACUUCUCAACACCAACGUGACACCAUGCCUACCUCUCCGGGGCACCCUCACCGCGUCUGGUGACCUCGUCCCGCUUUCCUAUAUUGCGGGCCUGGUAACCGGCCGCCCAAACUGCAUGGCCACAACUCCAGAUGGCACCAAGGUUAAUGCCGCGGAGGCAUUUCAGAUCGCCGGCAUCCAACAUGGCUUCUUCAAGCUGCAGCCCAAGGAAGGGCUUGCAAUGAUGAACAGCACGGCGGUGGGCUCAGGGCUUGCAUCCAUGGUGCUUUUCGAGGCUAACAUCCUUGGUCUCCUUGCUGAGGUCCUGUCGGCCGUCUUCUGUGAGGUCAUGAACGGCAACCCGGAGUACACCGACCACUUGACCCACAAGCUGAAGCACCACCCCGGACAGAUCGAGGCCGCCGCCAUCAUGGAGCACAUUCUUGAAGGGAGCUCCUACAUGAUGCUCAAGAAGAAGCUCGACGGGCUUGACACACCAAUGAAGCCGAAGCAAGAUAGGUAUGCACUCCGCACGUCACCGCAAUGGCUUGGCCCUCAGAUUGAGGUCAUCCGUUCUGCCACCAAGUCGAUUGAGCGGGAGAUCAACUCUGUCAACAACAACCCACUCAUCGACGUCUCCCGUGGCAAGGCUAUCCAUGAUGGAAACUUUCAGGGCACACCCAUUGGUGUGUCCAUGGACAACACCAGGCUUGCCAUUGCUGCUAUAGGCAAGCUCAUGUUUGCACAGUUCUCAGAGCUAGUGAACGACUUCUACAAUAAUGGUUUGCCUUCCAACCUCUCCGGCGGGCGUAACCUAAGCUUGGACUAUGGCUUCAAGGGUGCCGAGAUUGCAAUGGCCUCAUACUGCUCCGAGCUCCAAUUCUUGGGUAACCCUGUGACUAACCAUGUCCAAAGUGCAGAGCAACACAACCAAGGCGUCAACUCUCUCGGCCUGAUCUCCUCCAGGAAGACCGCCGAGGCCAUUGACAUAUUAAAGCUCAUGUCCUCGACAUUCUUGGUUGCAUUGUGCCAGGCUAUAGACCUCCGCCACCUAGAGGAGAAUGUCAAGAAUGUUGUCAAGAGUUGUGUGAAGAUGGUGGCUAGGAAGACACUGGUCACCAAUAACAAUGGUCAUCUCCACAAUGCGCGUUUUUGCGAGAAGGACUUCUUGCUCACAGUCGACCGUGAGGCGGUCUUCGCGUAUGCAGAUGACCCUUGCAGCGCCAACUACCCAUUAAUGCAGAAGAUGCGUGCAGUCCUCGUGGAGAAUGCCUUGGCCAAUGGUGAGGCCGAGCGCGAUGUGGAGACAUCAGUGUUUGCUAAACUUGCCAUGUUCGAGCAAGAGCUCUGUGCAGUGCUGCCAAAGGAGGUCGAGGCUGCCCGGAGUGCCGUGGAGAACGGUACUGCCGCACAACAGAAUCGUAUCAUUGAAUGCCGAUCAUACCCGCUCUACCGGUUCGUGCGCAAGGAGCUUGGGACAGAGUACUUGACCGGGGAGAAGACAAGGUCUCCUGGUGAAGAGGUGGACAAGGUGUUUGUUGCCAUGAGCAAGGGCAAGCACAUCGACGCACUGCUGGAGUGUCUCAAGGAGUGGAACAGUGAGCCUCUUCCUAUCCGCUGA